CUGCACCCAGACCUUUAUCCGUUCAGACAACAAUCUGCCAUCUCUUCCUUGUCAAAUGACGGAAACCCUUCAGUCCUAGCCAACAUACGAAGUAGAGACAGUAAGACCUCGGGGCUGUCAUCACCUUUCCUCCCUACCUCCCCCUGCGAUGGCUUGAGUUCACUGCCUGGCCGAUAUGAAAACCGUUGAACGCCCUCCACAUCCUGUAUCCGUCUGUGCAAGACAAGAUGCCGCUCAAUCCUUUCGAAGAAAAACUUCACACCCCCCUGGCUCGCACCGCCACGCGCAGAACCUCCACCGGUACCGCGGGCAAUGAAGAAGGACAUGACUACUGUCGUAUCUGCCGUGGCGAAGGCACCAGCACGCAACCUCUCUACUAUCCUUGCAAGUGCUCUGGCAGCAUUAAAUUUGUCCACCAAGAAUGCCUAAUGGAAUGGCUCUCACAUUCCCAGAAAAAAUACUGCGAGUUAUGCAAGACUUCUUUUCGAUUCACCAAACUCUACGACGGCUCGAUGCCCGCCACCCUACCGUUUCCCCUCUUUCUGCGCCAAUUGGCCCGUCAUGGGGCGACCGAGUUUGCUCGCUGGUCACGCUACUUGCUGGUGAGCAUCAUCUGGACUUGUUGCUUGCCUUGGUGCAUCCGACAGAUAUGGAGGGGUCUGUUCUGGCUUGCUGAUGGGAACUGGGUGGAUGAAUCCACCGUUCAAGCCGCGUCCAACCAAUCUUCAAACAUCACCGGCACCAUCGCCGGGCCCGAAUCAUCGCUUGCUACUUCCUUGAAUCUCACUGUUCCCCAACAGCUGGAGAAGAUCAAACUGGUCUUUCCCCCGAUGCAGAUUUCCUUGGCUGAUAUUGCGCGGCUAUUCCUUGGUCAAAGCAUGAUUGGCAAGAUUCUUCGCUUCAUUCUAUCCAUUUUCAUCCCACGCUUGAGGCAGAUUGAUACACCUGGACAUGGUCAGAACUCCAUGGCGGAAUUGUCUGCAACAGCCCGGAGACCUCCCUCCUUGCUAUCCGACGUUCAAUUCAUAGCGACGUGGUCUACUUCUCCUAUGGUCAACCACGUUACCAUCGAUGUGAUCGAAGGCCAGUUGAUCUGUGUCUUGCUGGUCGCGGCAUUCAUCCUCGUGUUUUUGAUUCGAGAAUGGGUCAUCAACCAACAGCCGAUCCUGAACAUGCCUGACCCGGACGAAAAUCCUCACGCUGAGGAAACGGGACUGCCUCUACCACCCAACCUACCGCGUAUUCCCCGCGCUGGCGAUAAUGUCGCAGAUGAGCUAGCUGCCAUGGAGCAUCUCGCAGCACAAUUACCUCUCGAGGAAAUAGCUCCGCCGAGACCACCUCCCAAUCAACACCGCAUUCCCCGUUUUGGCGAUAACAUCGCAGAUGAAAUAGCUGCUUUAGAGCGUCUUGCAGCACGAAUUCCUCCAGAAGAUCCGACUCCGCCAACACUAUCGCCGCGUCGCACUCUUUCGGACGAUAACAUGAGCAACGGAACAGCAUAUGAUUUCGACAGACCGGUUCUGAGGACCAGAUCGCAAAGCACAUCAGCCAUUGCCGAAGCUGUUCAAGAGCAUAAUGCUGGCUGGGGAGUUCCUGGAGAAAGCAGCGUGUCUGCAAUUGAACCUUGGAAUCUGCCGUUCAGAAGACACAGCGCCGAUGACACUGAAGCUAAUCACUAUCUGCCUCUAGUGCCUCCAAGUCGAAAUCUUGCUGAAACAAGCAGCGGCGAUGAAUCCCCCAUUCAGAUGGAACAUUACUUGUUUCCCGGGGAUGGUUCUGAUAUCUCCGACGUGGGACAAAUGCAAUAUCCAGAGCAUCAGCCAAUUGGGCAAGAAGACUUGGAAUUAGCGGACUCAUUUAGUCGAAGAGUGUCAUUGGUAGAGGUGUCAGAUGUGGUCGGCGAUGCAACAAAUGGGUUGUUUGACUUGAACGUCGAUGGACACGGGUCCGACUCAGACGCGCCUGUGAUACCCACACCUGAUUCGAAUGAUGCGGAUGAACUUCUGCAACCAGGGGACAACUUUCCAGGUGGUGAAGAUCAGGAAGCUCUUUUUGACGGCACAGAUCGUGCCCAGCCUGAAGAAACCCUCGCAUCUAAUGACGACGAUGCGCUGGGAGAUACAACAAUAUGGGGAAAGAUAUCACAUUGGCUCUGGCACACCGAUUUUGAGGCCGACGAUCAGCUUCCUGCGGAGGCCGGCGAUCCGGCACGUGCACAAGAUCAAGACGAGGAACGCAUUGUGGAAGACGUCAACGCCGAAGCUCCAUUUGUACCGAUCCAAAACCGAGACGCUGCCCUUGGACCGGUGCCUCUCGCACCCAUCGAGGAACCACCCGCUGCACCUCCGGAAGCAAGGGAGCCCAAUAUGCUUUUCGGAGUUGACCUCAAUGAACCUAACCCGGAUGAUGCAGAAGAUCUUGACGGCAUCCUGGAACUUCUUGGUAUGGAAGGACCCAUUUUCGGCAUGGUCCAGAAUGUCAUCUUCUCCCUUUUUCUCAUCACGGUAACCUUAUCGGCUAGUGUCUGGUGUCCUUACAUAUGGGGAAAGAUUGCACUCUUAUUCCUCUCAAGUCCUACCAGCAUGUUGGUGAAGGCGCCAAUAUUCGUACUGUCACGGACUGCGGAUAUUGUGGUUGAUAUCAUUUUCUUCGUCGCUGGACUUGCCGGUUUCCUCCUGAACCAGCCUUUAAAAAUCAUGAAGGCCAUGCUGUCUCCCUUCCUACCUCGUCUUGGGGGCAUCCUCGACACUGCCACAUUGGAAGGCUUUAGCCUCGACCUGAGUCAAAAGAGUGGUCUGCGCUUGGAAAAGACUCUCUCUGCCGCCGUCCUCAGCCUUAGGCCGGAUUUGCCGACAUUUUCGAUGCAGUCACAUCGAGCACUCAUCUCUUUCAAGUCUUCCUUACAUACAGCAGUCCAAUGGAUCACUUCUGUCCUAGUCCAAGGUCAAAUGAUAUUGACCAUGGACCGCAAGGGCUCUGGUGCCUUGUUGAACUCGUUUUGGUACACCCUGAAAUCUGUGCCCAAACUGCUUGGGAAGAUCCCUCUCCUCGGUGAAUAUGCAACGAGCCUCCUUCGUUCCUUGUCCACGGAUCUGGGCUCGUUGCCAUCCAACAAUGCAGAUGGGAUGGACCCCUCACUGAUUGAGUGGGGCACAGAAGACCGGAUUCUCACGAUUCUGCUCGGUUAUGCGUUCUUCGCCAUUGCCGGAAUCGUGUUUCUUGAGAUUGCUCAUCUCGUCCUUGGCUUGAAAGAUGGCGAGAGGGUUGAGGGCUAUUUCGCAGACUCCCUGCGGCAAGCAGGUGGCGUGAUGAAAGUCAUCGUCAUCAUCGGAAUUGAGAUGCUGGCCUUUCCUUUGUACUGUGGACUGCUCCUGGACAUGGCACUUCUUCCUCUUUUUGCCAAUGCCACCGUUGCUAGCCGCAUUGCUUUCCUGGUGCGCACUCCAAUGACCGGGAUUUUCAUACACUGGUUCAUCGGAACCUGUUACAUGUUUCACUUCGCCCUCUUUGUAUCAAUAUGCCGGAAAAUCAUGCGAAAAGGAGUCCUGUAUUUUAUUCGAGAUCCUGACGAUCCAACGUUUCAUCCGGUGCGCGAUGUUCUAGAACGACCUGUUCCGGCACAAUUGGGCAAAAUUGCGUUCUCGGCGUUGGUCUAUGGUGGCUUGGUCAUUGUCUGCCUUGGGGGCGUGGUAUGGUCAAUAGACUGGUUUGGCGGCGUUCUGCCCAUUCAAUGGUCGACUCCGGAGCCCAGGCUGUCGUUCCCAGUCGACAUUAUCUUUUACAACUUUCUCCUUCCGUUUGUCUUGCGCAGGGCCGAGCCAUCGAAGAAGAUAUCCGCAAUGUAUCAAUGGUGGUUCCGAGGAUGUGCCGGGUGGUUGAGAUUGACCAACUUUCUCUUUGGGGAAGAGCGCAAAGAAGAGACAUUCAGUCACCCGACAGGGUUUCCGUGGAACUUAUUCGCCAAAGACAAUUUGGCAGAACCGAGACGGGACGGGCGCUAUGUCCGUGCGCCUGCAUCCGACUCUGUGCGCAUCUCGAAAGGCCGCAGGGUCUUUCUCGAAGUCACAGAAGACAACGAGAGAGUGGAUGGCGAACCAGAGCUAUUCUAUGCCCCUCAUGGCAAGAAAAACCCUCAGUUCACCAAGGUAUACCUUCCCCCGAACUUCAGAACUCGGAUUGCAACAUUUGUGGUCUUGUUGUGGCUCUUCGCGGCCUCAACUGGUGUCGCGUUCACGGUGGGACCCCUGAUAGUCGGCCGCAAACUGACUCGAAUCCUUUCGCAAUCACCUCACCCGCCAAAUGAUCUGUAUGCUUUCACCAUUGGCAUUCAUAUCUUUGCUGCGAUGGGAUAUGCUAUCGCCUACGCCCGGCCGGCUCGAGACUACCUACAGCAGAAAUUCAAAUGGUCUGGAACGCGGUUCCUAGCCUCGACGCUGCACGUUCUUGGCCUGGCGUACCUUGGGGGCUUCACUACCAUCGUUCUCCCCUUCGUUCUCUCUCUGAUUGUCGAGCUGUAUGUCCACAUUCCGAUCUUCGACCUGCUCGAAGUCGUUAAUCACCAAAAGCUUACCCACGAUUCCUCACCAUCUUCGUCCUCAACCCCACCGCCAUCGGCUGGGGCGGCUACAAGCAAGGCUUUCCCGCCUGCCACAAUCUUCAUUCUCCAGUCCUGGACGAUCGGUCUCGUUUUCCUACGCCUGAUCUUCCGCAUUCUGGCCCACAUCCUCCCACCUACCGUGCGACCUGCCAGGGCUCUCCGCGGGAUCGUCCGCAACGGCAUUUUCCACGCCGACAUCCCUCUCGCGUCCCGCGCUUUCGUUCUCCCGGCUACGAUCAUCUGUAUUACGCUCCUCAUUGCGCCUCUUGCUUGCAUGAGAGCCAUCAUCAGCAUCCUCCGAAUUUCCGAUUUAAGACAGCAAAUUCGGAUGUAUCGUUUCGCAUAUCCACUUUUCCUGUGCAUGAUGGUGAACUAUGUAGGCUUGUUAUACAUGAGGAGGAAAAUGGAGAAUUGGAGGAUUAAGAUAAGGGACGAAGUGUACUUGAUUGGCGAGAGGCUGCAUAACUUUCAGGAACCGAAACCGCGAGGAAGAAGAGAGGCUGCAGCCAACGGGAGAGGCAAGGAGAAAGCCUGGUAAGGAAGCGAGAGCAUUCCGGGGACUACAGGGCAAAAAAGCGGACAUGAGUCAUGAUUCGAUACAAAGAUAGAACGUCCAGACAUGUGAAAUAAGCCUUCCACUCUUACGAAGGGGAUGGCCUUUCAGUGUUCUUGAAGAGACACAAAGACACUGACAGCAAAACCAACCAGUUUG